UGUCGCUGUUCUAUAUGUGAACCUAUUUAGGAAGUAACAGAAACUGUCUGCUGGUAUCUGUCUCUUUAGGUGUGUCCAGCCUGUAUGACCCUACACGAAACCCGGAACCCGCGCACCUGUAAACUGACGUCAUACGCUCAAAGUACCUGAGCAGCUCGUUCAGCUCAACCCAGUCAGUUACUGAAGCAACCUUCUGGAGAGAAGACAAAGAAGCCACGUCAAAAACUCGCAAAGGAAUAUAUUCAUAAUUCACUUUACAAUUCAGUUUUUCGGAAACUAUUGAAAAAGGAUUUACAGACAAAUGGGGACCGCUGGGCUCGCGGUUUUGGGCAUUUUAAUCGUCGUUUUUCAGGCCUCUGCUUUAGUGGCUAAUGAGGAGCCAACAUGUGUACCUGGAUUUGAGUCAGACAUGCUGAUUUAUAAAGUGUCCAGGAAGCACCUGAAGAAAAACACAAGACUGGGAAAAGUGGGCUUCACUGACUGCACAGACCGCACAAGAUUUGUUUUCAGCAGUGAUAACAGCCAUUUCAUGGUACAGACAGAUGGCAUAUUAAAGGUAAAAAGACCGACUGAUAUUCAUGGACACCGGGAAUUCAUUAUCCACGUCUGGGACUCACAAGGUUACAAAAUAAGUGUUCCUGUCAGAGUUUUGCACCAUUUGCAUCACCAUGAGAGCCACCACCAAAAUGCUGAGCACAACCAUCAACAUCCCCAUACUGAAGUGGAAUAUGCUAAUAACACAGAGAGUGCAACUGGUCAACAGGUGCCCAUUCUGCAAUUUCCCAAGUCGGUUGAUGGGCUGAGGAGGAGGAAGAGAGAAUGGGUUAUUCCAGACCUCACUGUCGUUGAGAAUGACCGAGGACCCUACCCCCUAAAAGUAUCUCAAAUCCGUUCUAAUGCGGAUAAAGUCAAGAAGAUCUUUUACAGCAUCACUGGUCCAGGAGCUGAUGAGCCUCCUGUUGGUCUUUUCACCAUGGACAGAAAUACUGGUACUCUGUAUCUCACACAACCACUAGACAGAGAGGACAAAGACAAGUACAUGUUUCAAGCCCAUGCUGUAGCAGAUGGUUCAGGAAAUGCUGAGGCCCCUAUGGAUAUUAUAGUGAAAGUAAUUGACCAGAAUGACAACAAACCUACCUUUACUCAAAGCACUUUUCUGGGAGAAGUUGCUGAGGCCUCACCAAAAGGUUUUGAGGUGAUUAAGGUUGUGGCCACAGAUAUUGACCAGCCAAAUACUGACAACUCGGAUAUCCGCUACAGUAUUAUGAGCCAGGAUCCAGUGUUACCCAGUGACUUUCUGUUUGUUAUCAACCCAGUCACAGGAGUCAUCAGAGUCAAUGCGGGUGGCCUAGACAGAGAGAAAUACCCCAAAUACACUCUGGUGGUACGAGCAGCAGACACUGUGGGAGAAGGAUUGAUUGGAGAAGCGAAAGUAAUCCUUACUGUCACAGAUAGCAACGACAAUGCUCCGGCCUUCAUUCAGCCGUCGUAUUUGGCAGCAGUUGAUGAAAAUAAAGUCAACGCUCAGAUCUUAACAAUAUCAGUAACGGACGGUGAUGAACCACAUUCCCCAGCCUGGAACGCCAAGUUCAGGAUUGUCGAUGGUGAUCCUGGAGGACUUUUUACAGUGAAAACAGGAAGUAACAAACAUGAAGGAAUCAUUUCUACUGCCAAGGGUCUUGACUUUGAGAAGAGCAACACACACACGUUGUUGAUUGCAGUGGAGAAUGAGGUUCCUUUUGCUAUUCCACUGCCCACUGCCACCGCCACAGUGUUGGUGACUGUGCAGGAUGUCAAUGAAGCUCCAGUUUUUGAUCCACUAGAGAAGCAUGUGUUAAUACGGGUGGACUUUGCCAGCUUCAAAGCAUUGAAAACAUCACUGCCAGCUGACUACUCACACCUGCACACACAUUCCAACAUCACCUCUCCCACCGCACACACCUGCCAGUCAUCCACAAUCAAGCCCACCAUCAUCUCCAUACCUCGUUGUUGUCUCCAGUCAGCUGGCUUCACCACUUGGUUCCCUUCACACGGCUCCCUGCUCCUUCCUGCCUCCACUCCUGCUUCCAGCCUUCCCCUCUUCGACUCCUCUGUUCCCAGGACUUCAGUGCCUCCUCAGCCCAGGUUCCCCUGCACUCCCCAAGCACCCUUGUUAUCCUACUCCAGCCCUCAGGUCCCUCGCCAUCCUACACCAGCCCUCGUGUCCUUGUUCCUGUUUUUGGCAUCCGCCACCCCGCACCUUCCUUUUCUUAACGUUCAGAGAGCCUUUCAAGCCACAUAA